AUGUCCGAGCCAAAUACACCACUGCAUGCUCAACCAAAUGAACAACUGGACUUGAACAAGCUGAAUGAUCUGGAUGAAAAAGAUAUUGAAGAUUUAAACUUGGAUCCAAACUCUGAUAUUGAUAUUGCUACAGAUUCUGCCGACGUGGAAAACGCUGACAUAGACAAUACUAUAUGGCAGCGUAAUUGUGAACAGAAAAGAAGAUAUCAUACACCAGAAUUCAAUGAUGUUUAUAAUGAAGCAAACAACGCAAUCAAUGACGUAACCAUGCUCGAUGACGUUGACGAUUUCCAGCCUAGAAUCAAUGUGUCUUCUCCAUUUUCAUCAACCACAAAACUGAGUGAAUUGUUACCAAAUAAACACAAUGAAGCUUCACAUCCAAGAAGACUGUCAAUGUCCCAACAAUCAAAGUUCAUUUCUUAUGUUGACGAUCAGCUCUUACAAAUCCAAAGAAAGUUUGUUCAAUCCAGGGGCUUGAAUAUUAAGAAUGGCUAUGCUAGUCUCACUCCGCUACUAAAGGAUAUAAAAUCCUUAAUCGACUUUAUUUGGUAUUCUAUUGCACAUAUUCCAAACUCAGACUAUUUACUUCGGUCAGAAAAAAACAUAAAUUGCAACAGGUCCCGAAGCUCAAACAAUACAUGUGAAUAUUCCAGCUAUUUCGGACAGGGAUCCUAUUUAAUUAAAAUCGCUGACGACCUCAUUGAUUAUGUAGAGAAGUUCACAUUCAAGGAGAUGGAAGACUCAGAGAUUAAUGACACUUUAUCAAAAUUAUUCAAACUACUAUUUAUUCUUGACAGGAUAUUCGUAAUUCUGAUCGAUAACAGCAAUGGUAAAGAGGCUUCUGAAACAGUUUCAGUCAACAAGAAAAUAACAGGAUUAAAUGGAACUGAUAUUGUGAGGUUAAAAGGUAUCGCCGAACGGACAAGAGUUCGCCUACCAAUUUUUUUAGAAUCGCAAGGUAUUCAUGGGUACCAUUAUGAAUUAAGCAAAAUUUACGAGGGAUUCUUAGACAAUGCUAAUUCAUUCUAG